GACGGGUGGGAGAAAGCCAGCCGCGGACGCAUCUGCGCCUAAAGCAGCGGUAGGCACUGCCAAGGCGCUCGGGCCACCCGCUGGAGCAAAUAAAUAUACUUACGCAGAAAGGCGGACUGCCGCCCAGAUUCUGCGCUCUCAUAAUAGGAGAAACGUUGCCACACCUUUGCCUGAAUGGCUGAAGAAGGUAGAAGAAGGGUAAGCCCACUCAAGAAGGUGCUCAGACGAAACGGCAGCGAUUCCUAGAGCUACCCGUACCAUCGGCGAAGAGAUCUAAGAUCCAGCCUUCGGUCUCUUUCGCCGAGAUCACCAAGGAUCGAGUCCUACUCCGUCUUAUCGACAGGGGCAAUCCGGAGGGCAGGACUUCCAGAAAUAAAUGGAAGGCAGUGGAGUCCCAGCUUUCCCUCAUAUGCCUGCGCAUGGUAUGAGAAAAGCCAGGUUCAUCGCCGUGCUGCAUGGACGCGGGCUGGUACCAGGGCAGCGUCAAAGUGGUGGCCUGUGAUAGUCAGAGGUCGGCUGACCUAUAUAAGCCGGCGACAGGCAAGCUCGGCGAGGGCGAACGUUGUUGCACUGACGUCCCCAGUAGGCCCCGAGCUCGGAUUUGGCUCCCAGCUGCGAUAAAGGCGGCGGAGGACAUUCUUUUACAUGCAGCAGGAAUGCAAAGUCGUCAAGGGGAUGUAAGCCAGGCGAUUAUGGUCCUAAACAAGGAGUCGGUUGCUCCAAUCGAGGCUGCUCGAGGAGUGCUGAACUUCGGCAUUUAUGCCAUUCAUAUUCAAAUCUAUAAGUGCAACUCCAAUGCCGCUGGAAAAUCUGCCAGCAACCCAGCCGAGCAGGUGCUUGCUGAGGAGUUGGAGGCACCUGGUGGGCCGGAGGACGGCUACUCGCUACUUCGCUACUUCGCUGAGCAGAGAAAUGCGAGCGCUUAGACCGGCAAUCGAGGACGUGGCCCUGAGCGAUACGGAGGAGACCGACGUAAAGCAGCGUCUGCUGCACUAUUGCUUCGCCUGACCGAUGGCGGAGUCGAAUAAAAGCUUAUGCUUGACCCCAAAGAAGCAACGGAGAUAACACCGCACUAAGCCUGGAGCUGCAAAGAGGCUCUAUAAAGAUACUAUCGGCCUACUUGGCCUUUAAAGGAAAAAACCCAGAUGCGCUAACCAGAGGAAGGAAUGCGAAAAGCUCAAGAAAGGUUUGGCAAUAGGCUGUGACGCCAACGCCCAUCGCACUCAGUGGG